AUGGAUUCACGAGAACAACAACCAUUAUUUGAUCUUAAUGAACCUGCUAUGGAGGAUGAUGAGAGUGACUUCCUCUUGUGCUUCAAGCCCAAAACGAUUGUCCUAAAUACUGUUGACAAUUUAGUUACAUUCAAGACAACCAUUAUAUCUUCUUCUAGAUCAGUAAAUAAUCAUCAGUUUUCUCAUACCUCUUCUGGUUCAGCCUUUCAGCCUUUCAUUAAGUCAAAAGGAGAUUGGGAGAAAGUUACUAAACUCAUGGAUCCAAGUGAUUGUAAUGUGAAUGUAGCAAUGAAUCCUUCUAGAAUAAUUGCCAGGUUUCCCCUCUUAUCGGCUUGA